AUGGUAGAUCAUGCCGGUCAAGAGAAGAGUAAGAAGAAGAAGACGACGAUGAGAAGUAGUUGGUUUUCGCGAGCGACAAAAUUUCAUUUGAAGAAAAACAGCGAGAUCAAACCGGUGCCGAUUUACGAGACGGAGAAACAAAACUCGACCGUUGAACUUGAAGAUGAUAAACAAAAUCUGUUUCGUGUGAUACGUCAAGUUACUGAUCGGAAGCAUUUCGUCGCAGCCAUUGGACACGAUCACGAAACUAAAGAGAAGAACACGAACGAACAAAGAGACAUAAACCCGGAUGCGUUGUGUUUCUUAGGAUACGAGACGUAUCACGAACAGGCAUCGACUACAGUCCGUGGCGGGAAACUCGACCCGGCUAAAACCAUCGGGUCAGGAUCAGGGUCAAAGCCAAAAGAGUUAAGGGAGAAAUCAUCGUUUCGGGUCAGAAAAGUGGCUCAGGUCGACCCGGUUAUUGGGAUAACCAUAAUAAUGGUAACGCUAAUGAUAAUGUUGAUGUGGGGACGUUUGUGCGCCAUCCUUUGUACGUCCACUUGGUGUUACUUUCUCCCUCGUCUCAGAGAAGUCGCGAUUGCUGCCAAACGCAAACGCCGUGGUGGAGGUAAAGGUCAAGGCGAGUCGUUUCCGGGUGGUGGUGAUUUGGAUUUGAACUCUCAGGCUUACAAGAAGAAAGUCGUUUUGGAAGGAUUUCUUCUACGACAACGCCGCAAUUCGUUGUGA